AUGUGCUAUUUGGUGACUGAUGAUAGCCAUUUUGUGAUUGCAUUGUCACUUGAGAGCCGCACUGAGGCACAACAAUCAAUUUAUAUUUUACCUUGUAAUAAUGUUUUAGCAGUUUUAAAAAUUGGUGUAGUAGUAGAAUUUGCUGGAAGAGAAUUAAUAGAUAUUGUUGAAGGAGUAUUAGAUGAUGUUAUUGGAGAUGAAAUAGAGAUAGAAUUUGAUGAAGAAUUGUAA